AUGACCUUCAUCUGCAAAAAGUGCAAAAAGGCCUUCCGCAAAGACGCCCGUGAAUUCGAGGACGCAGAUGAAUACUGCCCGCAUUGCGACAACCACUUUGUGCUCGAUGCCAAGACGCCACAGGCCGGGUUGAGAGUCGAGGGCGAGGAUGCGCGCGUCGAUGCGAGGAUGCUGAAGGACGAGAGGGUGAGGCAGGAGGACAUGAGGACUAUCUUCGAUGUCAAAGAGGCACCGGAGAAGUUGGGUUGA